UUGGCUGGCACAAUACAGAAAGUGACAUUCUGUCAUACGUGUCCAAUACUAUUCUAAAUAAUAAAGGAAAGAAAAAUGCAAUUACUCGCGUUCGUUGUACUCGCGUUAACAUCGAGCACAGUUCGUGCCAUCCAGAUUAUCGAAAAAUAUCCGCACAGCGAGGAGAGCGAUGCAGAAACUGAUUCGAUAGAAUGUACAAGAGAUACGUGGACUGAUGUUAACAAGGCAAGGCAUUUGGCAAAAUGCAGACCACGUGAACGUUUGAUUACUUUAAGGCCUGAUCCCGGGUACGACUUGUAUCCUAGCAUGAUCCUAGUGAACAGGUGCCAUGGAGCCUGCCACCAUACUUUGGAAUGUCUUCCCAUAAAAACGAAAAAAAAGGAGGUCAUUGUGUACAAGACAAAGAUAGAUUAUUAUAAGCAGCAAGGUUUCACGUGCGAUGUCGUUUACGUUGAAGAACACACAGAGUGCAGAUGCGGCUGCAAAGUGAUGAAACGUCAUUGCAAGGAGAACCAAGUGUACAACGAGCAGAAUUGCUCGUGCGAGUGCAAGGACGAGAAAGCCAUGCGCGACUGCAACAAUCAGGAGAACAUGAUGUGGGACAAACGCGAGUGCAAGUGCAGCUGCACCAAAGAGGUGGAAGAAUGCUCGACCGGAUUAGAAUGGGUUCCAUCUUUGUGCAGAUGCGCCAAGGUGAUGCCGUAUUGGAUGGAGAAUAGUAUGAAUUACACAUAGAUCUCCGACGAAAAACAAAGAAUCUGUCGAAGGUAAUUACGCUAGCUAGGCUUCGAAUUUGCCUGUAAUAAAAGGAAACAGAAUUUAGAAUGAAAUUGUCUCUUCCUUCUUUUUCGUCAUCGAUAGUUGUACAAAAUGAAAAAAUCAUGAAUCGAAACGUGCGUCCGUUGCGACUGCUUCUUCGCAAUUUCCAUUUCCUAAAGCAGAUGUUUCAAUUGUACGUGUUUCUAAAAUGAUUGUAAACUACUCAUUAUUGAAUAUUGGGUUGUAGCAUAAAUGCAUUCGAAUAUAUUUCAUGUUCUUGUUUUUUUUGUGUUAUUAGCUUAAUGGAACGGUACAAUAACGGAACUACAUUUAAGUCGAUCGAAAAUGGCUUCCUGUUUGUUA